GACGAAAACAACACAACAAUCCACCGAGACCUUAUCACCACCAUCGUCUUCUUCCCACCGAGAGAGAGAGAGAGAGAGUUUGCAGACGGCCCGAGAAAAAUGGCGAAGACGCUGAUCUCUUCAACCCUAAACCCAUUUCUCUCUUCUUCUUCCUCUGCUUCGUCGUCGUCGAGAACCCAAGUCACCAUUCUCAAGGCCUUCUCCAAGAACAACGGCAUCCACACAUCGUUGUCUGUUUUUCCGUCCAUGCUCUGCGACAGAAGGGAACUGUCUCUAGGGUUUAUGAGCAGUCUCGUGGUGGGUUUUCUCGCGGGCGGUGACAGAAGAAAUCGCGACGCCAACGCGGCGAUUCUAGAGGCCGAUGACGACGAGGAGUUGCUGGAGAGAGUGAAGCAAGAUCGGAAGAAGAGGAUCGAGAGGCAAGGAGUUAUCAAUUCUUCAGUCAAGGAAAAGGGAUAUUUGCAGGAUCUGGUUUACAAGUUGAGCAAAGUCGGUCAAGCCAUCGACAACGACGAUCUCUCGGCUGCGGGUUCUGUUCUGGGGGGAAGCACCGAUACCGAAUGGGUGAAAAUGGUGAACACGGCUUUCACAAAGUUGAGUUCGAGCCCGGAAGAGAAGACGCAGGUGGAAACGUUUAAUUCAUCGCUAGCCUCUUUGAUCUCUUCAGUGAACAAGAACGACAUAGAGUCCUCCAAGCAAGCGUUUGUGUCAUCGGCCGACGCGUUCGAGAAAUGGACGGCGAUGACGGGACUCCUCGAACAGCUCCGAGGUCUCUGAAACGCCGUCUCGGGAGAGAAUUUCCGACGAUCCGAUGUCGGAAUCCCGCUGUUGUUCCCAUGUCUUAGCAUAUCUCUGAUUUUGCCAUUCUUUGUACAUUUCGUUUUUUACAUUAGCUCUGCAUCAAGCAAAUGGUUAACAUCAAAGAUACAUGUGUCAUAUUUUUACAGUGUUGAUUUUAUUAAGAAAGAGAAAUCAAUUGCUUUGGUAA